AUGAAUAAGGGUACCUAUGUUAAUAAUGUAGUUAUUUUCGCAAUCCAUGCUACAUUAUUUGAUAACUCUUUUGGAGAACAUGCAUUCAUUACUAUUUUUGAAUAUCAAAGUAUAGCAAGUUCAGAUAGAAGGAGUGACAGACGUUAA